AUUGGACGGGCGGGCGCGCUCGCUCUGUCGCAUUUGCGGGCCGCCAGCUGUGGGCGACCGGUCUGUAGCGGGGUCGGAACCGCCGGCCUGUCAGUCCUCAUCCCUUUUGGGGAUUUCCAUGCUUUACCAUGUUGAGGGCUCAGUGUCAGCUUUUUGUGUCAUCACCCCAUUACCUGAAGCAACUGAAAGAGUCAUCAGGGUCCAGGCUCAUAUGGAAACGGCUUCUCCACCAGCAACGACCACUUCACCCAGAAUGGGCUGUCCUGGCCAAAAAACAGCUGAAAGGCAAAAACCCGGAAGACCUAAUUUGGCGGACCCCAGAAGGCAUCUCCAUCAAGCCUGUAUACUCCAGGGUGGACACCAAGGACUUGCCUGAAGAACUUCCGGGAGUGAAGCCAUUCACACGUGGGCCAUAUCCCACCAUGUAUACCUAUAGACCUUGGACCAUCCGCCAGUAUGCAGGCUUUAGUACUGUGGAAGAAAGCAAUAAAUUCUAUAAGGAUAAUAUUAAGGCUGGCCAGCAGGGUUUGUCGGUGGCCUUUGACCUGGCAACCCACCGUGGCUAUGACUCGGACAACCCUCGAGUUCGUGGUGAUGUUGGUAUGGCCGGAGUUGCAAUUGACACUGUAGAAGAUACCAAAAUUCUUUUCGAUGGAAUUCCUUUAGAAAAAAUGUCAGUUUCCAUGACCAUGAAUGGAGCAGUUAUUCCAGUUCUUGCCACCUUUAUAGUAACGGGAGAAGAACAAGGCGUACCUAAAGAGAAACUUACUGGUACCAUUCAGAAUGACAUAUUGAAGGAGUUCAUGGUCAGAAAUACUUACAUUUUCCCUCCAGAACCAUCCAUGAAAAUUAUUGCUGACAUCUUCCAAUAUACAGCACAGCACAUGCCAAAAUUCAAUUCUAUUUCAAUCAGUGGAUACCAUAUGCAGGAAGCAGGGGCUGAUGCCAUUCUGGAACUGGCCUAUACAGUAGCAGAUGGAUUGGAAUACUGUAGAACUGGACUCCAAGCAGGUUUAACCAUUGAUGAAUUUGCUCCAAGGUUGUCAUUCUUUUGGGGAAUUGGAAUGAAUUUUUAUAUGGAAAUAGCAAAAAUGAGAGCUGGGAGAAGACUGUGGGCUCAUCUAAUAGAAAAAAUGUUCCAACCCCAAAACUCUAAGUCUCUCCUUCUAAGAGCACAUUGCCAAACAUCAGGAUGGUCACUUACUGAGCAGGAUCCAUACAACAACAUUGUCCGUACUGCAAUCGAAGCAAUGGCGGCUGUGUUUGGAGGGACUCAGUCGUUGCACACAAAUUCUUUUGAUGAAGCUCUGGGGUUGCCAACUGUGAAAAGUGCUAGAAUUGCCAGGAACACCCAAAUCAUCAUCCAGGAAGAAUCUGGGAUUCCCAAAGUGGCUGAUCCUUGGGGAGGUUCAUAUAUGAUGGAGUCUCUCACCAAUGAUGUUUAUGAUGCUGCCUUGAAGCUCAUUAAUGAAAUUGAAGAAAUGGGUGGAAUGGCCAAAGCUGUAGCUGAGGGAAUACCUAAGCUUCGAAUUGAAGAAUGUGCUGCCCGAAGACAAGCUAGAAUAGAUUCUGGUUCUGAAGUCAUUGUUGGAGUAAACAAGUACCAGUUGGAAAAAGAAGAAUCCGUAGAAGUUCUGGCAAUUGAUAACACUUCAGUGCGUAAGAAGCAGAUUGAAAAACUCAUGAAGGUCAAAUCCAGCAGGGAUCAAGCGAUGGCUGAGCGGUGUCUUGCUGCUAUUACCCAGUGCGCUGCCAGCGGAGAUGGGAACAUUUUGGCCCUUGCUGUGGAAGCAGCUCGUGCCAGAUGUACAGUUGGAGAGAUCACAGAUGCCAUGAAGAAGGUGUUUGGUGAACAUAAAGCCAAUGAUCGUAUGGUGAGUGGAGCCUAUCGCCAGGAGUAUGGAGAAAGUGAAGAGAUAACAUCUGCUAUCAAGAGAGUUCAAAAAUUCAUGGAACGUGAAGGUCGCAGACCUCGUCUUCUUGUGGCAAAAAUGGGACAAGAUGGCCAUGACAGAGGAGCCAAAGUGGUUGCUACGGGAUUUGCUGAUCUCGGUUUUGAUGUGGACAUAGGCCCUCUUUUCCAGACUCCCCGUGAAGUGGCCCAGCAGGCUGUGGACGCUGACGUGCACGCCGUGGGUGUGAGCACACUUGCUGCUGGUCAUAAAACCCUUGUUCCUGAGCUUAUCAAGGAACUGAGUGCCAUGGGACGGCCAGAUAUACUCGUCAUGUGUGGCGGCGUGAUACCACCACAGGAUUAUGACUUUCUUUAUGAAGCUGGUGUCUCCAAUGUGUUUGGUCCUGGAACGCGAAUUCCUAAGUCUGCUGUUCAAGUGCUGGAUGACAUUGAGAAGAAUCUGGAAAAGAAACAGCAGUCUGCAUAAAUCUGGCUUUGUUUUAUUCCUUCUGAACAUUCUUUUGGUUAUGAUCAAAGGAGAGAGUACAAUUAUAUCUUGAACUUAAUUUCAUCACUACUACCUGCAUUCCUGGAAAGCCCUAUGUUACAUACCUUGAUUAGAAACAUGGAGUCAGGCUAAUAAGUUUAUAUGAGCAUUUUGACUUUAAAAAUAAAGGAAGUUCUACAAGCUAUCUACAGGAGUCCUUUAUCAUAGGUGUUUAGGAAAUCAUAGUGACUUAUUACCUAGAAUCAUUCUUAUGUCACUUUUUAUUUUGAAAAUUAAACUUUACUGAUGAAAAA